AUGCAUACCCACGAGGCCCCCUCUCCGAGUGAGUCGGGCUCCGCAGACACCGUCUACUCCCCCGAGUUGGAUCGCCCCAUCGACCCCGUCUUCAGUCAGGAGAAAGAUGCCGCCGCGCAGGAGAUCGAAUAUCUUUACCUCGAACUGGAAACUCCCUUACCAACACCGUUAAUCACUGCACCCCGGGUCCCGGUCAAUGGCUUCCUCCCGAACCUCCGAGUCUCGAGAAAUAUACCUCCCCGUUUCUGUGGCCGAAAUGGCGCAAGCGAGGUUAACCCAGCAUCGACGGAGCUGACGGCCGAGUGGGGGAUCAGUGCGGUGGUAUACAAUCUGGGCAUCACGAUUUUCUGUAUCGGAUUUGCGCUGGCUCCGAUGGUCCUGGCGCCCUUUUCGGAAAUUAAUGGUCGGCGACCCAUUUUUGUCGCAAGUGGUGUGCUCUUCACUGGACUGCUGAUCGCACGACUGUUUCAGGGUGUUGGUGCAUCGACCUUUUCGACCAUGGUUGGUGGUGUGAUUAGCGACAUUUUCCAUGCCGAGGAACGCAAUACCCCCAUGGCCUUGUUCUCUGGCGCCGCGCUCUUUGGAACUGGAUUGGCACCUUUAUGCUCCAGUGCGAUCGUGGCGCACACUUCCUGGCGCUGGAUUUACUGGUCGCAUGCCAUCGUGUCGGCUUUCUUCGUGGUGGUCAUCUAUUUCUUCUUUAACGAAACGCGAGGAAGUGUGCUGUUGAGUCGGAAAGCACAUGCUAACGAGGCCAGACGGAUCAGAUGGAAGGUGAAGAGUGACGAGCAGCGCGAGUCUCUCAUGCAGAUGAUCAGCAUUUCUUGCUAUCGUCCAUUCCACAUGCUUUUCACCGAGCCGGUGGUCUUCUUUUUCUCCCUCUGGGUGUCUUUCAGCUGGGCUGUUCUGUACCUGCAGUUCGGCUCGAUUCCCUUGGUCUUUAAGACCAAUCACCAUUUCACUACCGAGCAGACUGGAGCUGUCUUUGCAUCGAUGUGUGUUGGUGCCAUAAUCACCACGAUCGUCAGCAUCCUGCAAGACAAGAUCGCCAACAAGUAUGGAUUUCUCCCCAAGAAACCCGAGGCUCGACUGUACUUUGUCUGCGUUGAAGCCAUCCUUAUGCCCAUCGGGCUCUUCUGGUUUGGCUGGACGUCCUACUCAUCUGUACCAUGGAUUGUCCCGACGCUGGCGAUUGGCUGCGCUACCAUGGGAAUCUUCGCAGUCUACCUGGCUGUGUUCAACUACCUGGCGGAUACCUACCAUCGCUAUGCCAGUUCCGCGAUUGCCGCCCAGUCGUGCUGCCGAAAUCUGCUGGGUGGUGUCUUCCCUUUGGUCACCAAUGCCAUGUUUACCAACCUCGGUUAUCCUGGAGCAUCUAGUCUCCUUGGUGGAAUUGGCCUUCUUCUGACCCUAGUACCGUGGGUCCUUGUGUUUUACGGCGGUCGAAUCCGCGCGAAGAGCAAGCUUGCAAGUACAGGCAGUUAUAUACCCAAUGCAUAUUUCUCUGGACACGUAAUGUCCAUUAUAAUCAUCAUAAAUUAUGAUGGGGACGCUCAUUUCGAUGGACCGAGAAUUGGAAUACACAGGAAGAACUAG